AUGAAAUUGGUAUUUGUGUGCAUUGCUAUACAAUGCAUUAUAUCAAUAUGUGCGUUGGCAAGUAAUCGCAUAAUGGGUGGUGUUGAAGUUGACAUAAAAAAAUUUGGUUGGCAACUUUCCCUGCAGUAUGAAUCUGAACAUAAAUGUGGUGCAUCAAUCAUCAGCAAAGAUUGGGCAAUAACAGCCGCACACUGUGUUGAAGAUUUGUUUCAAAUUCCACAACUGUUGUCGCUCCGUGCUGGAAGCGAUCAACAUGAUUCAGGCGGAGUUGUAUAUGGCAUCAGCGAAGUUUGGAUCCACCCUGGUUAUGGUUUAAGUAUGAAUUAUGAUGUAGCUUUACUAAAAGUUUCUGAAACAUUUGAUUUCACUGUCUGCACCAUUAGACCAAUAACCUUAGCAGCAAAAAAUGAUCAGCCAGAGACUGGUGCUCCAGUUACUGUCACCGGAUGGGGACACUCUAAGGAGAAUGGAUCUAUGGAAAAGUAUUUGCAUGGAGUGGAACUAAACAUUGUAGAUCACGACACAUGUGAUGAAAUAUAUACUGAGUUUGGUGGAAUAACUGAAAACAUGAUAUGCGCUGGUGUGGAUGAAGGAGGAAAAGAUUCUUGCAAAGGAGAUAGUGGAGGACCACUUAUUGAUAAAAAUAGAAAAUUGGUUGGAAUCGUGUCAUGGGGUUUUGUUUGCGGGAGAUCAAACAAUCCAGGCGUUUACACAAAUAUAGCAAGCACCAGUAUAAGGGAUUACAUAUUCAAUAUGACAGGAAUUUGAAAUUCAAAUCGUAAAAUGUAAAAAUUAGAUAAAUAUAAAUAAAAAA